AAAGCAACAAAAUUAGGUAAAAUCCAUUCGAAACAAAUCGAUCGGGUUUGAUAUUCUUGUGGGUUUUUUUUAUGACUCAAAGCGGAAGUUCACUCCUCAGAAAAGAAUUUGAUUGCUUUGAAGAUGUCUCAAUUAUCAGAGGAUCAACUUUCAGAGGUACAGGAAACUUUUAACCUCUUUGAUCAGCGUGGUGAUGGUAAAAUUGCUGCGGCACAAUUAGGAGACGUACUCCGAGCCCUAGGACAAAAUCCAACAGAGAUUGAGGUUAAGAAAUGUGGAUAUGCAAAUAACCCAGAUGCCAGAAUCUCCUUUGAAGUCUUCAUACCCAUACUACAGACCAUCAGCAAAAACCGAGACCAUGCUACAUUUGAUGACUUUGUAGAAGGACUCAAGAUGUUCGACAAAGAUCAGAAUGGAUUCAUCACAUCUGCUGAACUCAGACAUAUCCUUACCUCCCUUGGAGACAGACUAUCGGAUGAAGAUGUAGAUCAAUUAUUUCAGGGCAUGGAAGACUCUCAGGGCAACAUCAAUUACGAAGAGUUCAUUAAGAUGGUCAUGAACGGUUGAAGAACAUGCUGGUUUCUGUUAGUUAGCUACACAAUAUUAUUAAUCACAAGUACAUGUGUAUUGAUCAAUUUUAAUGACAUUUCAUGUAACCCCCGCUUCUGUGAAGAGAGAGAGAGUCAGACAAAAAAUUUAGAAAUCAUACUCCAUUGUGAUUUGAGUGCUAGCAGUGAUCAAGUUAAUGAAAGCUUUUGUCUAAAAGUUUCAAAUUAUUUAAGACUAGGUAUUAAAUUUUUUGGAACAUAUUUGAAAAAUGGAUAAGUUAAGUCAUUAGUUCCAAUUUUUAAGGACCAAGGUUUUCAUAUUUUGUUUAAGAUUAUCCUAUUUACAUUGUUUAUUAUAUUUUGAAAUUUGUAUGCAAUUUAUAAUAAAUAUUUCAAGCACUU